AUGUAUCAAGGCUACCCCACUCACGGUUCGCAAGGUGUUCCAGCAAUGCCUCCGGUGGUGUAUCCUGGUUAUGUCGGUUCAUCUGUACCUUUUGCUCAUCAGUUACAAGGUUAUAUUACAAAUGCGGGUGUCGCACAACCUUCACAGGGUCGUCCGCCCAUCCCGCAAAUUCCCCAACAAUUUCAUCGACCACCUUUGCCAGGUCGACCAUUGGACGAUGAAACUGAUCCCUAUGGAAUGAAUAAACGUGUGAAAAUGGACUCAACAGGAAUCCUGGUUUCUGAGGAAGAGUGGCUGAUGACUCACCAAGGUCCAAUAAAUGUACAAAUUCAAUGCCCAACAAUUCCCGAGAAGCCAGAGUGGAAUUGUCAAGGACAAACGAUUAUCCUUGAAAAUCUGUCACUCGCAACUCUGGUUUCAACGGUGAAAGAUAAAAUUUUUGCACAAUUAAACUUUCCAGCUGGAAAGCAGAAACUUACAAUCGGUGGGGCAGUAAUGAAAAAUCAAGUUUCAUUGGCUUAUUAUAAUAUAGAGGAUGGUGGGAUCAUUGGAUUGGCGAUUAAGGAUCGUGGGAAAAAAUAA